CGUGUGAAUGGGGGUUUCGCCUGGUUCGUGUCGCAAUCUUUGCUUGGUCUCAGCAGGUCACUACGCACAGACACGCAAAUUACGUAAAAAAUGGAGAAAGGGAAGUUGAUAGUCAAACUGUAUCGAAAACUAAGCGCAAAAUCAUCUACUUUGCACGAGGCUCAGAUGCAAAGUUUGCGAUUCGAUUAAUUAGCGUAAUUGGCGAAAUUAUUUCUUCUACUUCAACAACAAAAGUUGGCUAAAGCAAUGGCUACGUCGUCAUCCGUGAUAAUACUAAUGCCAGUUACUCUUUACAGACGAAAAAGCUGACCAACGCUUGAAGUUCUUCCCAUUUAAUAAAACAUCUCUUGAAAAAGACGUAUCAGUACCUACCAAACAGAGUUGUACCUUUUACUACGGAGAUAAGUUUUUUGUCCAGUAUCUCGAUUGUGAAGGUUCAUGGAAACCGAUUACAUCAUCAAAUGUCCUCAGUACAAUAGAGUUGACCCCCGGUUGGUCAACUACCGUUCUUAAGAUGAGGAUCAAAGAUGGAUCGACACUUUUUGCAAAGUUAACAGCUGGACAGCUCGUAAGAGUUCCGAUACAAUGUCGUCGAGCAAACUCUACGGCUGAUCUCUCAAGCUCUUGCAUCGUGUUCAUGAGCCACGGACAAGUUGAAUGUCCAUACCCUAAGCCAACUCAUGCACCAAGCUUCAAUCGGGCUACUCUACCAGCACCAGUUCUAGGAAGACUAAAUUCCACAGCAACACUUCCACCUAUAAAGACGACAACUGCAAAUACGAUAACUAUGGCCGUAACUACUGAAGGCCCUCAUCCAAAGACGGAGACCACGCAACCGCCACCGACUGAGCGGGUAACAACUCAGGGCGAGACGACACAGACGUCAACGACCCAGAGCGAAAGAACUCUGCCACCUCAAACUGAGCAGCCGACACAAGGGGAGACGGCACAAAGAAAGCAGAGCAAAAAGAACACUUACAUUAUCGCUGGAUCUGUAGCUGGAGGAAUUCUCUUAAUAGCCUUAAUACUGCUCAUCUUGUGGCGUUGCAACAGUCCCAAGAAACGAUCAAGUUCGCAUCAUCGUUUAGAAGGGUCAAUCUCCCACCCAGUAUCUCAUAUGAGUCGACUCUCAAUUCCAGUCUAUACGGACGCUUCUUAUCUUUCUCCAUUGGGGACCUUCGACGAAAGGACGAGGAGCUUGGAUAACCCCGUUUAUCGCGGAAGCUCAGAAGGGCUAUUUGUGCCGGGCUUAGACAUGAAACGAGGGUCUAUCUACUCAGAUAAUUACCCCACAAGCCCCCCUCCUAGGCCUCCACCAGGAUCUUCAAAGCGCGGUAGCAUGAACGAACAAAACAACCCAGCUUUGUCGCUGAGAGAAGAUUAUGUUACAAUGAAUCCACUGUAUGAAGGACAAGUGAUGCACCACAAGGAUCUUGAAGAACUGAACUGUAGCGACUUUGGAGUGAGCGCUGACCAAGUUGUUCUCGAUACGAGAAAAGAUCCUGAAGAGUUCAACGACGACACCUAUGACUGUCCAGGAGAUAUCCUGAAUGCUAGAUCCGAAGCAAGAGCAUCACCGAUCCCCGUUUUUUAUGCUCUGGACGAAUCAUACCCAGACAGCAUCUCUAACACUUUCCACAGAGACAGCACUUUUAGAGGGCGCCCUGAUGGGCACAUGUAUGAUGAGCCUGAAGGCGACCUUAGGAGAAGGCCCUAUAUUGUUAUGGACAACCAGAGAGGUGUACUCUACUCUCAUGACUAUGACGAACCACCCCGCGAUGAGGAACUGCUUAGUGUCCGCAGGUUAAGUUCUCCAACUCAUGGCAUCUUGAAGACUGGGAACGGAUCGCCAAGCACAAGAUACCUCCCUCAAUCGGGGCACUGAGCAUAAUAAUUAAAAUGACCUCGACCAGACAACUUAUUUGAAAGCUGAAGCCUUCAGCAGAGUAUUUUUUUCUUGAUACUAACCCAAUUGCCCAAGAGGACCUACAGAAUAGCAUAGUAUGAGUUAAAUCAUAAAUAGCCCAUACGUAAUUCAUAUAAUUACUGAGACCUGAAUUUUGUCAGGCUUGUAAAAUUCCAAGAAAAACCACUUCCCGCCCGACCCUGGUAGAAAUCUUCCAAACAAAACUGAUAUAAGCAUUAGAAGAUGAGAACUCUCUACUUCUUCUUUUGGGGUUCCGCUUCGCCCAGACAAUGUGUGAGCUAACAAUUAGACUGUAUUCUUGUAUAGGAUUUGAUUUAUGAUUUACAAGAUUUGCCGACAGGCAGGGACACCGCAACAGCUUUGCGCCAAUCACUACGGGCCCAGUAACCCACCCAACCUACAGAGGAGGACAUCCAUUUAUUCGUCCCUAUCCGAGAAGACUAGAAUAUCUAACCUUUUCUUGAUAUUAUAGAAAG